AUGUUCAGCUCCACUGCCAAGAUCAUGAAGCCCAGUGGUAAUAAGCCGGAUGAACUCGAUUUCCUGGCCCUGCUGGAGCUGGAGGUGAACUCAGACCUCAAGGCUCAGCUCCAGGAGUCGCAUAUAAUAGCUGCCAAGAAAAUGGAAGUUGGUGGUGGUCAGAAAGCUAUCAUAAUCUUUGUUCCUGUUCCUCAACUUAAAUCUUUCCAGAAAAUUCAAGUCCAGCUAGUAUGGGAAUUGGAGAAAAAGUUCAGUGGGAAGCAUGUCAUCUUCUUCACUCAGAGGAGAAUUCUGCCUAAGCCUACAAGAAAUAAGCAAAAGUGUCCCAGGAGCCGCACUCUGACAGCUGUGCACAGUGCAAUCCUUAAGGACUUGGUCUUCCCAAGUGAAACUGUGGGCAAGAGAAUUCACAUGAGGCUGGAUGGCAGCCGGCUCAUAAAGGUGCAUUUAGACAAAGCACAGAAGAAUAAUGUGGAACACAAGGCUGAAACUUUUUUCUGUUGUCUAUAA